UUAUAUGAAUAGGCUAUUAGAUUAGCUAUAGAUAAUUUGGAGCCAGUAGUUGGCUAUACUAUUAAAUUUGCUCUAACAACAACUACUAGCUGGAGUUGUACUAGGGUAGUAGUAAGAGCCAAUCAUCUUCUUGAGUGAGAUAAAGAGAGAGAGGGGAAAAAAAGGAGAGCAGAUGAUCAUAUCUGUCCAGCAUUUUAUGUGGUGAUUAAAAAGAAGGGAAAUGCUGAGCCUAUCAAUGAUGCUGGCUUGGUUGGUGUGUUGGUAGGCUUUGGAAAAGAGAAGCUUAUUGGAGUAUUACUAGUAUUUUUUUUAGAAGCAAAAGAGGGAGAUUAUAUAUUACUGUACCCAAUGGGGUUGGGUGUGAGUGUUACUGCUGGUCAGUUACUACUUCCACAGCCAUUGAAGUCUUUUGUUGACUGCUUUUAUCCUGCAUCGUUAGCUUUGCUUGUUGCUCCGGCCUACGAGCACUCUACUCCUUUUCUUUUUUCUUUAUUUUAAUUUUUUUUCUUUGGGGUUUGCAGAACAGAACGGAAACCAAACCUGCGUUGAAUUGAAUGGCGACGUUCCAAGGCGUUGUUGCGUUUGUGUCUGGAUUCUGCAGAGCGGAUAUGACUUUUCAGCUGGAACAUUUUACUUCUUCCCCUGCUUCUGCUUCCUGCAUGCAUGAGCAAAAGAUUCUGAAAUCUGAACAACCAAGUUACUACUGUACUUAUGUUAGUUCAAAUCAGAGAAUUUCAUUCUAUAUAUGGAGUUUAUCCUGAAGCUGAAACGCUGAAUAUGAAAUGAACCUCCUUGUUAUCCUGAAAGAGCAAGGAGUAAUUGUCAGUACUUCAGUAUUAAGCUUGUCUCCUGUCCUGACAACCAAACAAGAAAAGGGAAAGGGGAUUUAAAAAAGAGAGAGAGAGAGAAGCUGGCGACAUAAAAAGAAAAAAUCAAGAACUAAAAGGAAACCAAAACGAGCCAUGCAAAGUAACGUGAUUCAGCAACAACAAUUUCUGUUGCAAGUGAGGCACAUCCUCCAUUCCUGCCUGCAUUUGCAUUCCCAUACCAAACACCAGCUCACACACACUGUCUUCCAGAAACAAAAAAAAACAUUUUCUUCUUCUUGAUAAAAAAAAUAAAAAUUGUUGCACAUGGAAAAGAAAAGAAAAGAAAAGUCUUACCAUUCCAAGUAGUAGAGUGACUCCAACACAAAACCCUACAACUAUAAACCAUUCUCACCACACUCUUCUCCCUCACUUGUAUAGAGAGACUCAUUUUGUCCAUCCAAUCCUCCUCCACCCAAAGGUGGCAACAAUGGCGAGGGCCCCCACAAUGGUGAUCCAAGAGGACUACAUCGACAUGGACCUCACCCCGACCACCACGCCGCUGCCCCCCUCCUCCCCCCGCCUCUGCGGCGGCGGCGGAUUCCGGGAGUUCGAGUUCCACAGCUCGGGCGCCGUGGUCAGCAAGGCGUUCGCGUCGCCGGCCGACGAGCUGUUCUACAAGGGCAAUCUCCUCCCCCUCCACCUGCCGCCGCGGCUGCAGCUCGUGCAGAAGCUGCUCCAGGAGCAGCAGGUGCAGGUGCAGGGGACCAAGAAGGAGGUUGAAGACGACGACAUGGUUGACAUGAGCAAGGUGUGUGCUGCCAAGAAGUACUCGUGGUCCAAGAGGUUGAAGCUGAUGAAGAGGUGGACGUCGAGGGAGUACAUCAAGUCCCUCUUCUUGGCCACCGCCAAGCCGACCGGCAUCGCCGUCGUCGGCGGCGGCAAUGGUGGCGGCGUGAUGGAUCAGGAAGAGCUCUGCGGCCACCGCAAGUCCUUCUCCGGCAUCAUCCGGCGGGUGCGGCUGGUGGCGACGAAGGCGGCGUCGGCGUCGGCGCCGGGGACCUCGCCGCUGUGCUCGACCUCGUCGUCGUCGUCGUCCACGCCGUCCUGCGGCAACGCGAGCAGGUUCUUCCCGGCGGCGCCGGCGCUGAAGCGGAGUAGCAGCGCCGGGUCGUCGGAGGAGGGCGCCAUCCAGGGCGCCAUUGCGCACUGCAAGAGGUCGCAGCACCAGCACCUACAGCAGCAGAGGAGAAGCGUCAGCGACGUGGUGUUCUACUCGGUAACCAACACGCCCAGGGUGUCAUCUGUCGCCGCCGCCGCCGGCGGCGAGGUCGCCCAGGGGGAGAGGCAGGAGAUGUGCAGGGGAUGAUGAUUUCAUUCUCUUCUUGAUUUGACCGUCAUGGCUCAUGAGGUUGACAAGAACAGAAGAAGAAAAAGAAGACCAUAUUUUUUUUCUUGGUUUCAUUUUCUGUUUUGGUUGUUCCAGAGUCCCUGUGAAGAUGAGCAAUGUUUGUUGUGAAUGAAUUGCUGUGAUGAUUCAUGGACUCUUUUCUUCUUUGAUUCUCCCCUUCUUGUUUUGUUGGACCAAAGGAUUUUAGCUGUAUGAUAUAUGAAUCUCUCUGUUCAUUUGUUUCAGUUCUGAACUUCUGAUGCAUUCAUCCCCAUCCCAAUUUCUUCA